AGACAAAGGCAUUAUCCAUCACAAUAAGCACAUUUUUACUUUUAUUGCAACUGGACAAUCGUGAUCAGAAAAGCUCCUGUGACAAAAUUCAAGAAGAUCUGAUAUAAAUGAGUAACAACUCAACAUGCAUUCAACCAUCCAUGAUCACUUCCAGAGCUUUACCAAUCACUUACACCAUCCUUUGUAUUGUUGGUCUCUUUGGAAACUCACUCUCUCAGUGGGUGUUUUUGGCAAAAAUAGGUAAGAAAACAUCAACGCACAUCUACCUGGCACAUCUUGUGACUGCAAACUUACUUGUGUGCAGUGCCAUGCCUUUCAUGGGUAUCUAUUUUCUGAAAGGUUUCCAAUGGGAAUAUCAAUCUGCACAAUGCAGAGUGGUCAAUUUUCUGGGAACUUUAUCCAUGCAUGUAAGCAUGUUUGUCAGCCUCUUUAUUUUAAGUUGGAUUGCUGUAAGCCGCUAUGCUACUUUAAUGAAAAAGGAUUCCAUGCAAGAGACCACUUCAUGCUAUGAGAAAAUAUUUUAUGGCCACUUACUAAAAAAAUUUCGCCAGCCCAACUUCGCUAGAAAACUGUGCAUUUACAUAUGGGGAGUUGUACUGGGCAUAAUUAUUCCCAUUAUCAUAUACUACUCAGUUGUAGAGACUACAGAAGGAGAAGAGAGUCAGUGCUACAAUCGGCAGAUGGAACAGGGAGCCACGACCUCUCAGAUUGCGGGUCUCAUCGGAACCACAUUCAUUGGAUUUUCAUUUUUAGUAGUAUUAACAUCGUACUACUCUUUUGUCAGCCAUCUGAGAAAAAUAAGGGCCUGUACAUCCGUUAUGGAGAAAAACUUAACUUACAAUUCUGUGAGAAGACAUCUUUUGGUCAUCCAGAUUUUACUAGUAGUUUGCUUUCUUCCAUAUAGCAUUUUUAAACCUAUUUUUUAUGCUCUGCAUAAAAGACAGGACUGUCUGCAAUUGAAUUAUUUAAUAGAAACAAAAAAUAUCCUCACCUGUCUUGCUUCAGCCAGAAGUAGCACGGACCCCAUUAUAUUUCUUCUCUUAGAUAAAACAUUCAAGAAGACACUAUAUAAUCUUUUUACAAAAUCUACUUCACCACAUAUACAACCAUAUGGUUGACUUCUGGAUGGAAAAACACCACAAAAUAGAAAAAUGUUCAUGGGACUCUAUUAGGGACAUUAAAGGAUUAACAUGUCAUAACUUGGUUGACAACAGGCACCAAGAAAACCACUUUGGUUUAAAAAUAUAUAUAUUCACAAAACUCAAUUAUAGUUCUUCUCAUAUUGAAAGUGGAAAUGGCAGUGAUUUUCAGAGGCAGAAGUCAAGCAUACUGAAAGGAUCCCAGUGCACAUGAAAUCAAACACCCAUUUUCUUUUUAAACUCUUCUGUGAAUCUUCUGUUCAGAACAACUGUAGGAUGAAGAGGCAAUUGGCUUAUGGUGCGUCUGCUUUCUAGUAGAAUACAAAGGUCCAUCCAUACUUAGUAAUUGUUUUGUUGGUAACUUUGAUAAACUUUAAAAGUGAGUAUAAGAAAAAAAUGAAUAAGAAAUGUCCUCAUUUAACUCUUAUAUAAAUGUAUGAAUAAUACAGUAUAAAUAUCCAAGGUUUAAUAACAUAUUAUUUAUUUGGUAAUACCUGG